AUGACUCAACGACUUGGAAAGGAGAUCAGAGGUUACGCUUAUCUCUAUGAUUGCCCGCAAGUGUUUGUCUAUGAUAGUGUUCACCUUCUAAUAGUUCAAUUCCAUGCGAAAAAUAAAGAGGGCAUUAGAUCAGUUAAUUGUACGAUCGACGUUUGUUGUGUACCGCGAUCAUCAGCGGAUCCAAAUAUGUGUACAGCAAGGUACGGACUGUAUCGGCUUGUGUGGCGGGGUUGGAUGCGAUUAAUAGCCACCAAAGCAGAGAACCCUGCAGUCUCGCUUGGUGGUUUCACUCGGGAGUUCGAGUAUUGGUCGGGGCGGCCAUUCUGGAGAGAUGAAGUAGACCGUCAUAAAGAACUCAAUCAUCCAGGUGGAUAUUAUCAGAUGUUUGAUAUUGCGAGUAAUCAAUGGUACUGGAAUGAUGGGAAUGGAAACUUCAUGGCUUUGGAUACUGUUCCAUUAUCGAUUUGA